UAAUGGGUGCUAGGUUCCUCCGGGUCACAGGGACGUUUCCUGGAUGGAGAGCUCGGAACCUUGCCCAGGUUGCCAAGCACCUGCUGAAUGGUGGAUGCGCAGGAGUGGGGGACGCAGCUCCACGGCCAGGUCACAGAACUCAGGCACAAACCAAGGCUGUGAAGGAGGCACAGCCAUGGCCACCAAGGAGAAGCUGCUGUGCCUAAAGGACUUCCACAAGGACAUCCUGAAGCCGUCACCAGGCAAGAGCCCGGGCACACGGCCUGAGGACGAGGCAGAGGGCAAGCCGCCCCAGCGCGAGAAGUGGGCCAGCAAGAUCGACUUUGUGUUGUCUGUGGCUGGUGGCUUCGUGGGCUUGGGCAACGUCUGGCGUUUCCCAUACCUCUGCUACAAGAACGGUGGAGGUGCGUUCCUCAUCCCCUACUUCAUCUUCCUCUUUGGGAGUGGCCUGCCUGUCUUCUUCCUGGAGGUCAUCAUCGGCCAGUACACCUCAGAGGGUGGCAUCACCUGCUGGGAGAAGAUCUGCCCCCUCUUCUCCGGCAUUGGCUACGCGUCCAUUGUGAUCGUGUCUCUGCUGAACGUAUACUACAUCGUCAUCCUGGCCUGGGCCACCUACUACCUGUUCCAGUCCUUCCAGCAGGAGCUGCCCUGGGCACACUGCAACCAUAGCUGGAACACGCCACAGUGCCUGGAGGACACACUGCGCAGGAACAAGAGCCUGUGGGUCACCCUGAGCCCCGCCAACUUCACGUCCCCCGUCAUCGAGUUCUGGGAGCACAAUGUGCUGAGCCUGUCCCCUGGGAUCGACCACCCUGGUGCACUCAAGUGGGACCUGGCACUCUGCCUGCUGUUCGUCUGGCUGGUGUGCUUCUUCUGCAUCUGGAAGGGCGUGCGCUCCACAGGGAAGGUUGUCUACUUUACGGCCACCUUCCCAUUUGCCAUGCUGCUGGUGCUGCUGGUCCGCGGGCUGACGCUGCCUGGUGCAGGUGCGGGCAUCAAGUUCUACCUGUACCCUGAUAUCAGCCGCUUGGAGGAUCCGCAGGUGUGGAUCGACGCAGGGACGCAGAUCUUUUUCUCCUAUGCCAUCUGCCUGGGAGCCAUGACGUCUCUGGGGAGCUACAACAAGUACAAGUACAACUCCUACAGGGACUGUAUGCUGCUGGGAUGCCUCAACAGUGGUACCAGUUUUGUGUCUGGCUUCGCAAUUUUUUCCAUCCUGGGCUUCAUGGCACAAGAGCAAGGGGUGGACAUUGCUGAUGUGGCUGAGUCAGGGCCCGGCCUGGCCUUCAUCGCUUACCCAAAGGCAGUGACCAUGAUGCCGCUGCCCACCUUCUGGUCUAUUCUCUUUUUCAUUAUGCUCCUCCUGCUGGGACUGGAUAGCCAGUUUGUUGAAGUCGAGGGACAGAUCACAUCCUUGGUGGAUCUUUACCCAUCCUUCCUAAGGAAGGGUUAUCGCCGGGAAGUCUUCAUCGCCAUUGUGUGCAGUAUCAGCUACCUGCUGGGGCUGACGAUGGUGACGGAGGGUGGCAUGUACGUGUUUCAACUCUUUGACUACUAUGCAGCUAGCGGUGUAUGCCUUUUGUGGGUUGCAUUCUUUGAAUGUAUUGUUAUUGCCUGGAUUUAUGGGGGUGAUAACUUCUAUGAUGGUAUUGAAGACAUGAUUGGCUACCGGCCUGGACCCUGGAUGAAGUACAGCUGGGCUGUCAUCACCCCUGUUCUCUGUGUUGGCUGUUUCGUCUUCUCACUUGUGAAGUACGUGCCCCUGACCUACAACAAGGUCUAUGUGUACCCGACUUGGGCCAUCGGGCUGGGCUGGGGCCUGGCCCUGUCCUCCAUGGUGUGUGUCCCGCUGGCCGUGCUCAUUCGCCUCUGCCGCACUGAGGGGCCACUGCGUGUGCGGCUCAAGUACCUGCUGACCCCAAGGGAGCCCAACCACUGGGCUGUGGAGCGAGAGGGGGCCACACCAUUCGCCAUGCGCCCGGCUGCCAACGGGGCGCUCAUGCCACCCACGCACAUCGUGGUGGAGACCAUGAUGUGACCCUGCCACUGCCCUGCUGUUUACUAACAUUAGAUCUCAUAGGACCAGGUUUACAGAGCUUUAUAUUUGCACUAGGAUUUUUUUUAAUUGUCACAGAAAACGUUACUCCACGUGUGUGUGCGUGUAUGUACUGUGUGUGGGUGUGUUUCGUUUUUGAUUUGGGGAUAUUUUGUACAAAAAGAAAACUCAUGGGCGGAAGUCCCCGGGGAGAAGCCGAGCUUUCAUAUGGGAUUAGAUGUAUUUUAUGGGAACUUGGUAAACUUUUCUUUGUAUUUUUUUUCAUAAAACUAUAUAUACUUAGAGAUUGUCAUACACUCUACCACGUGAGUGGAUCUUCUUGCCAGCAAGAUCUCAUUUUCAAAAGCAAUUUUUCGGUGCUUGCAGAGCUGGCAGAGAGCUCCGCCCCAAGCCUGCAGGACAGGGUUUUCCUAAGAUACAGAUGCCCACAAGUGCAGCCUGCAGGCUGGUCCAGGUGGGCAGAGGACAGUGGCCAAGAAGAGUGAUGCCAAGACAGAGGCCUGACUCCUGGGCAGAGGGACUGACCAGAGCCCAAAGGAUGGUCCUCAGCAAAUCCCAGCUCGGUAGACUACAGGGCACACGGCCAAACCCCACCUUGUAUUUUGAGGCUGAGGGUGGGAGGUCAGCAGGACCUUAAGGGCCAGCAGCCUUAGGGAGCAGCUAGGGACCUGGACAGGUGUGUCAGGGGCCAGGGCCCAGGCUGGGGAGCCACCAUGCUUCCCAGACAUCCCAGGCAGACUCUGAGGCUGAAACUGGCCUAGGAACCAGCCCCAGGCCAUCCCCAAGCAGGGUAUGGCCCAACUGCUCAGGUGCCUGCUGCCUGUGCCACCUUCUUGCCCUCAUUUCCAGAGAUUGGGAGACUCCUGACACCACCCAGAUCCCAGCAAGGGGGCCAGGAGCAACAUUCAAGGCAGGGCCUUGGUCAGGGGCAGUGCACCCAGAUACUCGCUGCGUGGGGGUCGGGAGGAGGCAGGUGAUGUGCAGAGCAGGGGAGCAGGGGGCUGGCACCCCAGAACCAGGAGAAGCACAGCACGUCCA